AUGGAUAAAACUAAUUUGAAAGAAUCAUCACUAUCAGAAGAGUGUAUGAUUUGUUUAGAAUCAAUUUCUCCAUUUGAUAAAGUUGGUAAAGUCCCCUGUUGUUCCACAAAAAUGUACCAUGAUCAAUGUAUACUUCAAUGGUCUCAAAAGUCCAAUAGUUGUCCAACGUGUAGAAACCGUUUCCAUAAAAUUGAAAUAUCAAUGCAUAAUAAAAUAAUCAAUAGUAUUGCCAUUAAAGAUAAGUUACUACCUAAUCCAGCAAUAAAUGAUAUACCGUCUCAAUAUAUUAUUAAUGAUCGAAUACUAUCGGCAAUAACAACAAACAGAACCAUCACUACAUCAAUAGCAGAAGAAGUAGAAGAAGAACUUAUUGAAGGUGUUUGUUAUAUAUGCUCGAUUAAUUCAAGAAAUGGAAUUAUUUGUCAAAAUUGUGGAUGUAAUUUCCAUUUAAAUUGUCUUGGGGUUAUAGAAGUUAAUGAUUUAUUUACAUGGUGUUGUCCCAUUUGUGAUUGCAAUCAAGAAACUUGGGUUCCACGACGGACAAGAAGGAUAACACCUUGGUUAGAGGUUGAUCAUCAAGAAUCACGUGGUUCAAGACGAUCGAGGAAUACUAAUGGAUUGGUAAUACAUAAUGAUAAUGAUGAAUUAGAUGUUGACUUUUUAUAUAAUAAUGAUUAUAAUGAUGAUGGGAGUAAUGGGGGGAUUUUAGAAAACUCAUUGCAUAGACAAUAUCAUGUACAUCUGCAUCAUAAUCCAGUAAUAAAUGGGGGUGUUAUAUCAAGAAGAGAACAAAGACAAAGAGAACAACUUACAAAUGAAGAAGUCCAAUCAUGGGAAAUAUUUGAUGAAGCUCGGAAGAAUAGUGAAAUAGUACAACACGUCGGUACAAGUGAAUCUACCAAUACCACUUGUUCUAGCAACGCCCCAUUUCUUGGAAGUCUGAAUGAAAGAACUGUUACUCGACAAAGGCGAAAACGGAAAAAAGUGACCCCAAUAGAGACUAUUACUUCUACCUCUAGUGGUAUGAGCACAAUAUCAAGUGAUGGCGGCAGUAGAAUAUCACAACUUAUAGAUCAAGUGAAAACAUCUAAUGGAAAAGUAUCAACAACUUAUAAUCAACAAAUAUCACCGCCACCACAAAAACAACAGCGUGCAUUGUUGGUGACUCCUCUGGCAUCUACUACAUAUUACCCUCAGUCAUCAUCAGACUCGCCAAUGUCAGUCUCUCCUGCUGCUAAUAGUCCUAUGGAACUGGUUUCUUAUUCUAGUGAUGACAAUGAUUAUACUAGACUGCAACAACAACAACAAAUGUCAUUGCUGAAUCAAUUUAGGAGAGAAUUAACAUUAGAUCAAAAAGUUGAAAUUCAGAAACAUAUACGAAAUAAAUUGAGACCGAAAUAUAAACCUAAUGAAAUCAAUAAUAAUACGGACAAUAAUAGUAGUGAGAUUAUAACUAGUGAAGAAGAUUAUAUUAAAAUCAAUAAAACCAUAUCAAGGAAAAUUUAUAAUUAUAUUUUAAAACAAAAAUUGAAUGAAAUUGAUGAAUUUUUCACAAAUCAAGAUAAAUUACGAAAUUUAAUUGAUAAGUAUAUAGAAUAA